AACCUUCUGUUGAAUUUAUAAUAAACAAUCCAGGAAAUUCUAAAGGCUGUCAAAACAAUACACAUAAAUUGUCAAAAGGAACUUCUGUUGAAUUUAUAGUAAAAAAUCCUAAGAUAGUGUCAGAGGAAAGUCAAUUAAUAUCAGAAAAUUCCAAGGACUGCCAAAUCAAUACAUAUGAGCCUAGGCUCUUAAUUAUUUCGCAUUUUUUACCGUGCACUAUUGUAAAAACUGUUGAUAGUUAUAAAAUCGAAAAGUCUUCUAAAGGUCUGGUGAACAUACUUAGUGAAUUUGCAAAGUCAAGAAAAUUUAUUUGGAUCGGACUACCUG